AUGUCGAAUGUAUCUUACCACGUCUCCAAUUUGUUGGAGAAAAUGACAUCAACUGAUAAAGAUUUUAGGUUCAUGGCUACAAAUGAUCUUAUGUUGGAGUUGCAGAAGGACAGCAUCAAGUUGGACGAGGACAGUGAGAGGAAGGUGGUGUCCAUGCUCCUCAAACUACUGGAGGACAAGAAUGGAGAGGUGCAGAACCUAGCUGUCAAAUGCCUGGCCCCUCUGGUAAGCAAGGUGAAGGAGUACCAGGUGGAGACGAUGGUUGACACAUUGUGUUCCAACAUGUUGUCAGACAAGGAGCAGUUGAGAGACAUCUCCAGCAUGGGACUCAAGACUGUCAUAGCUGAGUUGCCACCAUCGUCUUCAGGUUUGACACUGACAGCCAGUGUGUGUAAGAAGAUUACCUGUCAGUUGAUUGGUGCAAUGGGUAAACAGGAAGACGUGUCAGUUCAGUUGGAAGCCCUUGACAUUCUAUCGGACAUGUUGGGAAGGCUGAGCGGGGCACUGGUCAGUUUCCAUGGCUCUCUUCUCUCCAGCCUGCUACCACAGCUGACAAGCCCCAGAAUGGCAGUUAGGAAGCGCUCCAUCUUGGCUCUUGGUCACCUGGUACCUUGCUGUAGCCCCGCCCUCUUCUCCCAGCUUACUGAACACCUAUUGGUUGAGCUGGCCAAGGGCCCUCCCACUUCAUUGACCCGAACAUACAUCCAGUGUCUAGCAACCGUCAGCCGCCAAGGAGGGUCUCGAGUCGGGGAGCACUUAGAGAAGCUGAUUCUCAUGGUGGUGAAGUUCACUGGUGUGGAGGAUGAUGAACUGAGAGAACACUGCUUCCAGGCCUUCGAAGCCUUUAUACGCAGAUGCCCAAAGGAGAUGUCACCCCAUGUUAAUACAGUGCUAAAGCUGUGUCUUAACUUCAUGACCUUUGACCCCAACUAUAACUAUGACGUUGAUGACGAGGAGGAUGAUGAUGGCAUGGACAUAGAGGAUGGGUUAGACCAAGGUGUGUAAUCAGAUGAUGAGUACAGCGAUGAUGACGACAUGAGCUGGAAGGUUCGCCGCUCUGCUGUCAAAUGUCUGGAGGCGCUGAUCGCCACACGCAGGGACCUCCUCCUCUCUUUUUACUCCUCUGCCUGCCCCGCCCUCCUGGCCCGAUUCAAGGAGCGUGAGGAGAACGUACGGGCAGACAUCUUUGCAGCGUUUGUGAUGCUGCUGAGGCAGACGCGGGCAGGGUCAACUCACCAGAUCCUUAUGGCGGCCAGAGUGGACAAGGGGGUGACUAGGGAAGAGGAACCAGCAGUCGCUAUGCUAAAGAAACAGGUACCCGUGAUAGUGAAGUCUCUCCACAGGCAGCUGAAGGAGAAGAGUAUCAAAUCAAGACAGGGCUGUUUCUGUCUUCUCAGUGAACUGGCCCAUACAGUACCUGGAGCCCUGGAGCAUCACAUCCCUGCCUUAAUACCUGGCAUUGUCUUCUCCCUGACAGACAAGGCCACUUCCUCCACUAUGAGGAUUGAAGCACUUUCCUUCCUCAAUAUCCUCCUUCUCUCCCAUCCUCCCCAAGCCUUUCAGCCACACAUACAGGUGCUGGUGCCCCCUCUGGUGGGGUGUGUGGAUGACAGCUUUUACAAAACCAGCUCAGAGGCUCUGCUGGUCACCCAGCAGCUGGUGAAGGUGAUGAGACCACUGGAUCAGCCCCCCACAGCAGGAGGAUUUAACCCCAAACCCUUCAUAAAAGACGUAUUUUCUGCAACCUUGAAGAGGCUGAAGGCCACAGACAUUGACCAGGAAGUGAAAGAAAGGGCUAUUUCUUGUAUGGGUCACAUGGUGUGUCACCUUGGUGACCAUUUGGGGGCUGAGCUAUCAGGUGUUUUGGCAAUCCUCCUGGAAAGGCUGAAGAAUGAGAUUACCAGACUGACAGCAGUUAGGACGGUAACACUCAUCUCAUCCUCACCCUUAAAGAUUAACUUGUCUUCCAUCCUGCCCGAGGCUUUGCCUGUGUUGGGGUCCUUCUUGAGGAAAAACCAGCGGGCGCUGAAGCUUGGCACACUUGAAUGCCUCACAGCCCUGGUCAGCCACCAUGCCUCCAAUAUCAAACCUGCUGCGCUGGAGCCCGUUCUGGCUGAACUGCCCUCCCUGGUGGAUGAGAGUGACAUGCACGUAUCACAGGUAUCCAUAACCUUGCUGACAUGCAUUGCCAAAGCUUGCCCUUCCUCCCUGGCUAAGAUCACAUCAUCUUUGUUACCGGGGAUAUUCAGACUAGUCCAUUCUCCACUGCUCCAAGGGGGUGCACUGGCAGCCAUAUUAGAGUUUCUGCAGGUGUUGGUUCUGUCCAAAACCAGUAACCUGGGCUAUAGCCAGUUGUUGAAGUUCCUAACAGGGCCCUUCCACAGUGCUAAGGCCCAUCCAGAGAGCCCUGCCAUACACAGGCAGUCCUACCACUCUGUGGCCCGCUGUGUGGCUGCACUGUCUGCCGCAUGCCCCAAAGAAACACCGGGCAUGGUGGCUGGACUUAUGCAGGAGAUGAAAAACCCUGGGUCCCCUGAGCCAGCCCGUGUUUUGGCCCUGCUGUGUCUGGGAGAAGUGGGGAGGAGUGGGAGUCUAGGAGGGAGUAAGGAGUUGCAGGGAGUCAUCCUGGAGGCAUUCUCCUCCACCAGUGAGGAGGUGAAGGCAGCUGCAUCCUCUGCUUUAGGCAGCAUGGCGGUGGGCAGUCUUAAUGACUACCUGCCCUUCCUGCUGAAGGAAAUCAGCUCGCAGCCGAAAAGACAAUACCUAUUUCUGCAUUCUCUCAAAGAAGUCAUCAGUGCCUGUCCAGCCUGUAGUCUGUCACCCCAUGUGGAGUCUAUAUGGGCUUUACUGUUUCAGAACUGCCAGUGUCAGGAGGAGGGCACCAGGAACCUGGUGGCUGAAUGUCUGGGCAAACUGACCUUAGUCAACUCUGCCCAACUCCUUCCCAGGCUUAAACAGCAACUCAAUAUCGGCUCUCCUCUGGCACGCAGUACUGUAGUAACAGCUGUCAAAUUCACUAUUGUUGACCAGCCUGCACCCAUAGACGCCCUCCUUAAAGACUGCAUAGGGGACUUUCUGAAGACUCUGCAGGAUGGUGACAUCAAUGUACGCCGUGUCGCACUGGUGAUGUUCAAUUCGGCAGCCCAUAAUAAGCCAUCCCUGAUCCGUGGUCUGUUAGCAACCGUGCUGCCUCACCUCUAUAAGGAGACACAGAUCAGGAAGGACCUCAUCAGAGAGGUUGAGAUGGGUCCGUUUAAGCACACAGUGGAUGACGGUUUGGACGUACGUAAGGCGGCAUUUGAAUGCAUGUACACUCUACUGGACAGCUGUCUGGACGGGCUGGACGUGCUGGUGUUCCUGGACCAUGUGGAGGAAGGACUCAAAGACCACUAUGACAUCAGGAUGCUCACCUUCUUGAUGCUGGCCAGACUAGCCUCUCUGUGUCCCACUGCUGUUCUUCAAAGACUGGACAGACUGGUGGAACCACUUAAAGCUACAUGCACCUCAAAGGUUAAGGCCGGCUCGGUGAAACAGGAGUUUGAAAAACAGGAGGAGCUCCGGCGUUCGGCUAUGCGCGCUGUUGCCGCCCUGUUAGCAUUGCCCGAGGUGGAGAACAGCCCCAGCAUGGCUGACUUCGCCAACCAGAUCAGAACCAAUGCAGACAUGGCGUCCAUCUACCAGAGCGUCCAGUGUGGGGAGGGUGGCAGUUUCGGGCAAGCAGAGAGCAUGGAUAUGAGCUAAACCUGGAUUCUUGACUUACACUCGAAAAACAAUUGGCCCUUUUAAUAACUAUUUACCAUGUGACACCUUUCCAAUGCUUGUGAAAUCGGUACUUAAAACAUAUAGACAUCACUCAGCAGAUACACAUCACCCAUCAUCAUCAACCAUCAUUUUUUAAAUCACCUUUCCUUUAUCAGGUCUUACAUUUCCAGCUGAUUACACAGAGCCGUCAGUGUAUUUUUUCAACCGCAUUUGCGUAUUUCCCACUAGAAAUAUUUCGAUUUUAAUUGGGAAUACAAAAUUAAAAACCACACUUUCCAUUUUAAUGUGUGGUAACUGACAGUCUAUUUAUUCAACAAAUAGAUUAUUUGAUAAGUGGAUAUCACAAUAAAUGUGAUUACUAAGCUGAACCUCUGUGUUCCAAAAAGUGGGAAUUUGAAUUUUACCAGUUUAACACUAGGAUGACGGUGUCUUUCAAACAUUAUUUUAACUGCCUGAGCUAUAAAAGGACGACACUUCAAUCAGGGCUUUGAAAUCAGAACUAAGUUUAUCAGAUUGUAGGAAUAUUUACUUUUCUCAAGUCCACCUAGCCUGGCUUCAUCCAGCUGUUGCCUCCUCUCGGUUCAUUUGUCAUACCGGUCCCAGGAUGAUGUUCCAAGAAAUGAUCAGAAAAAUCGACGACAGAAAUAACAAAAGAAAAAAAACCUGCAACAAAAAUCAGAGCCAUGAUAUCCGUUUUACUAUGGCAGUGGAAUAAAUAAAAAUAUUCAUCAUCACCUA